UUUUUGGAAUUCCCAUGAGCUUGCACAUCGACACGGACGACUCGAUCCCGCGGGUGCGCUGGAACGACAGCGACCACCGCUUCCACUACACUGUUCCUGUGGCGGAACAGCCUGGCAACGAAGGCUACGUUAUCCUCCAUGAAGUUGGCCCGAACGAAACCGGGGCGCUUCUAUCUCCCAAAGACAAGUCACGCCUGAAGGACAUGAACACGGCCAACAACCUCAUCCAUGACCUGGAAGUGGCCAAGAAGUACCGCGACACGAUCAAGUUCUUGGAACACAAGCGAUCGAAUCACAAGAGCAACAAAGAAUUGUACGAUGAACGCGCGACGAGCCAAGGCGACGCUGUCACCAACCAUGCAUUGACCCACGAGAAGAAGCCAUUAGCCAAGCAGGUUAUAUCCAAGUCGCAACCCCACGUGACGCAACCGCGCCAACUCAAGCAACCCAAGAACAUCUAAACUAUACUCGUACUGUCCAUCGGACUCUCGUAACGAAAGCAUCAAUCCCCAUGAGAGCACUGCAGAGACUCGUUUCAUGGUCACUUGGCCUAGUUGUUUUAUCGUUUAGUUCUUCCGUCGCAGUUUCUCAAAUCGAGAUGCGAGUUCGUCAAAGUCCGG